UCAAUUGACAAUGACAUUGACAAAAGGAGCAACCUCUAAAUCAAAACAAACUGGCAAUUUGUAUUCUGAUAAUUAUUUUAUUGUGUUAAAUUAUGUGUUGAAGUAGUUAUCUAAUUUUGACCACAGUCAUACAUUCAAUUGAAUUAGGGCUACAGUAAAGUGUUCACGUAUAAUAUUUAUCAUGUGACGAAAAUAGUUCCGUGAGAAAAUAUUGUUUUAAUGUUAAUUUAAAUAUUAACAAUGAUUCCAUCAAAUACAAUUUGCGUUUCGCAAGAAGGACCGGCAAACGCCUUGGCGUUAAAUAAGGACUGCUCGCAGGUUGUCAUAGCCGGUCGUAAUGUAUUUAAAGUGUUUUCUAUUGGUGAAAAUGAAUUUUCUGAAGUCUGCAAUUUAAGAGUUGGGAAAAAUCUUAAUCUUAAUUUUUCUUCAAUUGAUGUGGCCUGGAGUACUAUUGAAGAAAAUACUUUAGCAACCGCAGCUACAAAUGGGGCAGUGGUUGUGUGGAACCUGGGCCGUUCCGGACGCUCCAAACAGGAACAUGUGUUUUCAGACCACAAGAGGACUGUCAAUAAGGUGAGCUUCCACCUGACAGAGCCAGCUCUCCUCAUCUCCGGCUCUCAGGAUGGCAUGAUGAAAUGCUUUGACCUCCGCAUGAAGGAAGUGGCCAGGACUUUUAUUAGCAACACGGAGUCGAUCCGCGACGUGCAGUUCAGCCCGCACCAGAACAACACGUUCGCGGCCGUGUCGGAGAACGGCAACGUGCAGCUGUGGGACGUGCGCCGCCACGAGCGCUGCCUCAUGCAGUUCACGGCGCACUCGGGGCCCGUGUUCGCCUGCGACUGGCACCCCGAGAUGCCCUGGCUGGCUACAGCUUCUAGGGAUAAAACUAUCAAGGUGUGGGACAUAUACGGCAAGCCUAAUCUGGAGCACACGAUAUACACGAUAGCAUCCGUCGGACACGUCAAGUGGAGGCCACAAAAAAAGCACCAGGUGGCGUCGUGCGCGCUGGUGCUGGACUGCGCGGUCCACGUGUGGGACGUGCGGCGGCCCCACGUGCCGCUCGCCACCUUCGCGGAGCAUCGUGACGUCACCACCGCCAUCGCCUGGCUGGCCGAGCCACACUCCUUCUUGUCUACUAGUAGGGACUGCAGUCUAUAUCGUCACCGGUUCAGUGAGGCGGCGCACCCGGUGUUGUGGGCGAACCCGCACGGCGUGUGCGUGUCCGCGCGCGGGGAGAUAGCGCACGCGGCCCCCGAGCGGCCCCUGCCCGCCCUGCCCGCUGCGCCCGCGCAUCCCGAUAGGCAUGUGCCGGGCUUGGGUCGCAAGCAACCGACUGCAGGUUCGUUAUCGCCGACGGCUCAGGCGGCGCUGGAGCGCGCUUUCCCCGGCGGCGCGUCGUCCACUCUGAGCCGGUUCACGUCGGGGGCGGGCGGGGGCGCGGGCGGGGGCGCGGCCGAGGGCGCGCUGGUGGAGUGCGCGCGGCUGUACCGCAUGCGGGGCGCGGGCGCGGGCGCGCUGGCCGAGCACAACGCGGGCGUGGCGCGCGCGGCGGGGCGCGCGCUCGUGGCGCACGUGUGGGGCGUGGUGCGGGCGCACGUGCGGGCCCGCGCCGCGCCCGGCCGCGCCCCGCCCGCGCCCCCGCCCGACACGCCGCGCCCCGACCCGCCGCCCGCGCCGCCCUACACGCACCCCUACCCCAGCAGCGCGGUAGAAGAGGAACCGUUAGAAGAAGUGGAAGACUGGGCGGAGACACAGUUCCACAACAGCGGCGUGCUGGGCAAACCGACGCUCAGCAUAUACAUACCACCCACCAAGCAGGCUAAAAUCAUUAGAACUGAAGUAGUGUCGGAGGCGGCGGGCUGGGUGUCGGCCGCGUCCGCGCACUACGUGGACACGGAGGCGGCGGACUGGACGCUGCCCGAGGAGGCCUUCCCGCUGCGCAGCGCCCCACCACCACCGCCAGCCCCACACCACGCCUCGCCGCACCACCAGCGACACGAUGACAAGGACCUGCACGCAUCAGUGCGCGGCGGCGGGGCGGGCCCGGGCGCGGGGGGCGGCGGGGGCGGGGGCGGGGGCUCGCCGGGCGGCAGCUCGUCCCCCGGGAGCGGCUCCAGCGGCUCCGCCUGCACCGCGCCGCCCAACCUCGACCACGCCGGGUACACGCAUCUGCAGAUGGACGAAGGCGAGUCCGGGGCGGGCGAGGGCGGGCUGGCGGUGCGCGUGGGCGGCUGUGCGCGCGCGCAGCUGGACGUGGCGCCGCUGCUGGCGGCCGCGCUGCGCCUGCACGCGCAGCUGGGCGACGUGCAGACCGCCGCCGUCGUCAUGCUCGUGCUGCAGGACUACCGGAGCGACCUGUUCCCAUACAUUGAGGAGAGCCUGCAAGAACAUUGGCUGCUAGGAUACAUCGAGCUAUUGCAGAGAAACAAGCUCUGGAAUGUGGCUACGGAGGUAGUGCGGUGCGCGUGGCUGAACAGCGUGUGGGUGAUGUCGCAGCAGUCCACGAGCGUGGCGGUGUGCUGCGGGCGCUGCGGACGCCGCACGCGGCCGCACGCCGCCUGCGACUCCUGCCAGCCGCAGCUGCGCCAUCUGCCCGACCUGUGCGCCGUCUGCCACCAGGUAGUCCGCGGCCUGUACGCCUGGUGCCAGGGCUGCUCGCACGGCGGCCACCUGCAACACAUGCGCGCCUGGAUGGACAAGCACCAGCUGUGUCCCGCUGGCUGCGGACACCACUGCCAGCUCGCCUGACCUGCUACACUGCAACAUCACAACAGAACUGUACAGCUGCUUAGCUGGAUCUACCGCCUUGAAGCUUGCAAGAGAAUUACCAAUUUCCAUACAUUCGCUCUUUAAGUAAAGAUACGCCUAGUCGCAUCUAGUCUUUUAUCUAUAAAGACAUCACUUAAUUACUAUGACUUGCCUUGUAAGCUAAUGUUUAAAUACCUGAAAUCGUUGCUAAAAAUACUUUACUUUACCUUUUAUAUGAGUGUACAUUAGACAAACGUAAUUUUAAAUUAUUUGCACAAGAAUUUGUUGGUAGGGAUAAAUAAUUGAUUGUUAUAUUUUUCGAACUGAUUUAUGUGGCUUGGAAAAGUCCAAAGGGCAACAAUAUAUAAAUAUGUAGAAUUUUACUAUGCUUUUCGUGUCCGUCGAGAAAAAUGUAACUCAAGCCUUGAUCAAAUCAUAAUAUGGCUUGUGUAUUCAGAUGUUAAAUGUAUUUUUUUCCCGUUUAAUAUGAAUGUAAUUUUGUAUAUAGAUUUAUUUUAAGUAACAUACUAUAGGUAUAAGUUUUAAAUUGUAUUCAUAGACUGAGUUAAGAGUACAUUUUAUAAGAGCUAUUUUUGUAAGAAAUAAAAACGCAGUAAUAUUA